AUGAGGCUUCUUGCGACGGUCCUUCAACUCCUGGCACUAGCCACUCCCAGCUUUGCGCACGACCAAAAUUGUCGCAACCUGACAAUCCCCAUCCAGAUCUCCGCACGCAACGGCGCAUUCGCCGUCGGACCAACCCAGACCGACGUCGAUGUGACCAACUUCGUCCUCGCUGGGACGCAGCCCGGUCACAAUGCCUCCGCCUCAAUUCUCAAAGGUUACAACACCGUGAACGGCACCUACAACAUCUCGGCAACAUACUGCACACCCACUGGACCCUCCCGCAACGCCAUCCAGAUUCUCACACACGGCAUUGGCUUCGACCGCGCGUACUGGGAUCUGCCAUACAAUGGCUACAACUACAGCUACGUCAUCUCCGCCCUUUCUGCCGGCUACGCUACCCUUACCUACGACCGCUUGGGCAUCGGCUGCAGCAGUCACGGCGAUCCGAUUUCCGAGAUCCAGAUCUUCCUCGAAGUCGAAGCGCUUGCCGCUCUCACUGAACUCGUCCGCACGCCUUACGGCCUCUACGACCACGGUAUCUCCGAGAACUACCAGCAUGUCAUCCACGCAGGCCACUCCUUUGGCGCGAUCAUGACCUACGCCCUAGCCAGCACAUACCCCGAAUCAUCCGACGCGAUCAUCCUGCAAGGCUUCUCAACCGACCCAACCUGGAUCCCGUUCUUCAUGCUAGGCGGAGAAUUCGUCACCGUCCAAAGCACACCCUUAUCCUCACAAUACCCACCAGGCUAUCUAGUCAGCGGCAGCAAAAGCGCAGUGCAAACCAACUUCUUCGCACCCAACGACUUCGACCCCGCGAUCCUAGACUACAUCGUCAACGUCGUCGGUCAACCCGUCGCCAUGGGCGAACUACUCAGCAUCGGUGGCGUCGGAGGGCCUUCGGGGUACAAAGGUCCCGUACUCGUUAUCACGGGUGAGCGCGACGUGCCAUUCUGUGGUGGCGACUGCUAUGGUCCGAACAAGGGGAAUGCGCCGAGUGUGCCGGCUAAGGCUGCACUGGCGUUUGGGGACCCGAGUAAGGUUGAUACGGGGAUUGUGAAGGGGGCGGGUCAUGGUUUGAGCGUUAGUUAUUCGAAGGGGGAGACGUACACGCGGAUGCUGGCUUGGUUGGGCGAGGUUGGGCAGAAGUUGGGGUGGGGCGGGCCGAGUCGGGUGAAGAGGGGCGUGCAGUGA